CGUCGAGUGACGACGGCGCACCUGUUGAUUAACGCAAAAUCACGUCAUAGUGGGCUCUCAUUCCGAUACUGGCGAGAAAUGAGAAUCGUUUCUUAGACGGUAACACGGUACUGCGGCGGUGGUGGUGGUGGGCGACCGUGGCAUAACGGACGUUGAGGACGACGUAACGGAUAGCCGAUAACGAGUCGGCGGACGCACCAUAACUGCUGAGUAGGUACUGAGCACCGCUGCACCUACGUACGUACCGUUGCCCGCAAUCCGCUGCAACACGGCGGCAUUACUCUGCACUCUCUGCAGGACCAUGUCGUCCGCCGAUCGCGCGCAAUCCACGACUGCAGCCGCAUCACGCCGUCACCGCCGACCGUGUACGCUUUCGGGGCAACGCCAGCGAAUACCGAAUGCAACCCGUCGCCACCUGACCGACACGGCCGCGGUAUUGCCGUCGUUAUAAUAGAAAUAUUGCAAAACAUCGAUAUACUGUCGUAGGUGUGUUAUAAUUUAUUCGGACGGUCCGUCUUAGACAGGCCGAAUUGACGAUUGUGGUUUUUUUUUCUCCGAUAGACGCCGAGACACACCGCACAUUACGGAUAUUGCCCGCACGAUCUGCACACCUCGUGGUUAAUCACAUAUUACAUUGCCAUGACUCCAACGCAUGUAGGUGAUGUCAAAAAUGCUGCUACCGAGGGAUUACCUGCAAAAUUUGUUUUAUCCAUGAGAACAUUGUUCGACAUUUUAGAUGAUAAAAGGACUGGAUAUGUUAAGUUUUCUGAAAUUGAGACGAGAUGGCAAGAUGAUGGUACUAAAGGUUUGCCUAAAGGUGUAUUAGAUAGUCUCCGAAAAGUAACACCACCAAAUGGUUUACUGUCUUUUGAUCGUUUUUGUACUGGUUUAAAAAUGUGCCUACUUCGAAAUCAAAUGGAAAAUGGUCGUCGGGAUAAUGACUCUGUACGACCUCCAUCUGCUCCACUUUUGGAUGUAGAUAUUAAACCUAACGUACAAUGGACAAAUGGAAAUAUGGCUGCCAUUCGACCUACUCAACAAAGAACUCUAAGUAUGCCACAAUUAGCUUUGGAGCGUAAUAGUAAGGAAGUACACCAGAUGUCACAAAAAUCUACAUCAUCAUCGCUUUUUGGACCACCUAAACCUCCAAGAACUGCUGCAGGCUUAGAACGUGGCUUACAGCUUGCUUCUGGUGAACGGAUUAUCGAUAAGGCUGAAAUAAGAACAGCCUUACAAAAUUGGCAAUUGGGAGUGUUAUUAAACGAUCAAAGCUGUUCUAGAAGUGAAAAACAAUCAGGAGAACAAACUUAUAAAAGAAUUAAUCAACGACGAAGAGAACCAAGACGUCAUACUCUUCAAAGUGGUGUAGAUUAUAAUAUGCUGAAAAGAAUAAAACAAAUAGAACAGGAAAAAGAAGUUCUCAUGCAUGGUCUUCAAGCUGUGGAAAGGGCAAGAGACUGGUACCAUAAGCAGAUAGCUGCUGUACAAGAAAAAAUGAAAUACCUUGGGCGAACAAAUUCACACACACAAGAUCAAUGGACUGAAGCACAACAGGAGCGUAUUGAAUUACAACGAGCUCGAGUCUUAGAAGUUAAUAGACAUUUGUCCGCAUUGACAGAUGGUGGUGAACGAUGGGGUGGUUUACCAUUACAUAUGAACUUGGCUGUGCAUUCAGCAAAUAAUCCCGGAACGAUGUUACAUCAAAAUCCUCAAGUAAUGGCUACAUUAAAACAUCGUAACCAUUUACUUACUGAGGAGUUAGGACAAAAAAGUGAAAGAAUAUCAACGUUAGAAAGAGAAAAGGCGACUCUUAUUAGAGAAUUAUUUCAAACCCGAACCCAGAUGGGACGUAAAUUAGGGAGAUUAGAUAGUAAACCUGAUGGGCAGUCAUAUAUACCUUAAUAAUUGGAAUCUGUUACCAAGUGCAAUUAAAAAAAAAAAUGCUCUGUAAGAAAACACGGUGCUUGAAUAGACCAGAAAAAAUAAAAAUAUACCAUUAUUUUUUAGCUCAAUUUAACAGGUAAACAAUAUAUUAUAUUCUUAUGUGUUAUGACAAUACAGAUUUUUAUAAUGAUCACUAGCCAUACCUCAAAUUUAUCAGUAUUAUUAGGUGUUAUUAUUAAUUAGUCUAAACAUAACUUUUUUCUCAUUUGAUGCAAAAUAAUUUUUAAUAAA